UAGUCUUUAGAACCUAGCCCCACCCUCCAAAAGGGGGGCUGGUUAGAUCUGGCUAACUUUAAUUAGAUAUCAAGAACUUCUGUAGCAUGUCUGAGCUCUGCACACUGGUCCGGACUUACUGCAUUUCCAAGACAUAUUCUUCCUCAGUUUUCUCAGUGAUUCUUGACUUCUAAUUCUGUAUUUUUCUGCUGCUUCUUAAAACUUGGUUAAGAUUUGAGAGACCGAGUGAAUAAGAGAUAAAAGGGGAAGGGAAGAUGAAGUUUAAGUCUAAGAUGAAAUGGGUUGGUUUAGUUGGGUUGAUUUUAUCAGUCCUUUCUCUUUUGGUGCAUAUUUUGCUUGCUAGAUUCACUGAAGUUGGCAUUUCUGAGUUCCAAUCAUCAAUCACAAUCUUUUCUUGGAGACCCAUCUUUGAACAUGCUGACUUCCCGAAAACUAGUCCAUUGUAUAGAAGACUAUGGGGUCCAGUAAGGCGGCUAGAAUCUUUACAUCCAGAUGCAAGUCCUAGAGGAUACUAUGCUGAUCCCAGUUCACGAACAAAUGGAUUUAUCUUUGUCAGGAUACAAGGCGGUUUCCAUGAGAUCAGGAACGCUAUACCUGAUGUUGUGGUGAUUUCUCGGCUUCUAAAUGCUACUUUAGUCAUUCCUGAAAUCCAGUCAACCACAAGUAGCAAGGGAAUCAGUUCACAGUUCAAGAGUUUUGCUUAUCUCUUCAAUGAGGAACAAUUUAUGGCGGCGUUAGCUAAAGAAAUUAACAUUGUAAAAACCCUUCCAAAAAAUCUUAAAGAGGCUAGGAGAAAGAAGGAGAUCCCAGUGUUUAGAGUGCCGUACUCAACUUCUCCAUAUUAUUAUCUGCACCUUGUUCUUCCAGUAUUAAACAAGCAUUCAGUAGUUGAACUAGUUGUUUCUGAUGGUGGAUGCUUGCAGGCCAUUCUCCCUCCACAUCUUGAAGAGUUUCAGAGGCUCAGAUGUAGGGUUGCAUUCCAUGCACUUCGGUUUCGACAAGAGGUUCAGGAGCUUGCAACUAAAGUUCUACAAAGUUUCAGGUUACGGGCUCCUGGACGGCCUUUUAUAGCCUUUGAUCCUGGGAUGACUAGAGAUGCUUUAGCAUAUCAUGGUUGUGCAGAACUGUUCCAGGAUGUCCACACUGAACUGAUUCAGCACAAACGAUCUUGGAUGAUAAAACGAAAGAUUGUCAGGGGGAAACUAUCAGUGAAUUCUAUGGAAUUACGCCUGAAUGGUUCAUGUCCAUUGAUGCCAGAAGAGGUUGGUAUUCUUCUUCGUGCAUAUGGAUACUCAUGGGACACGAUAAUAUAUGUCUCUGGUGGAGAAGUUUUUGGUGGCCAAAGGACAUUAAUUCCUCUUCAUGCAAUGUUUCAAAAUGUUGUGGAUAGGACUUCCCUUAGUACAGGUUGGGAGUUCAGUAGGAUUUAUGGCCGCGAGGCUAAUCUUGUAGACCCAAAGACUCCUCCGCCUCCUGUUGAAGAAGAAGUGAAGCAUGAAGCUUGGAAGACUGUUGGUCCACGUCCUCGUCCUCUUCCGCCCCCUCCAGCCCACCCUAAAUCAUACAACAUUGAGGGUUGGUGGGGUUGGGUGGCCGAGAGUGAUGAUGAGCCUGAAAGUACAGUUAUUGAGUUGAGAACUAAUGCCCAUAAAUUACUAUGGGAAGCAAUUGACUAUUUUAUUUGUGUUGAAGCUGAUGUUUUCAUCCCCGGUUUUGAUCGAGAUGGAAAGGGGCAUCCAAAUUUUGCGAGUUUGGUGAUGGGGCACAGGCUUUAUCAGUUUGCUUCUUCAAAAACAUACAGGCCAGACAGGAGAGAAAUUGCCAAGCUAUUGGAAGAAACCCGCAACCACUUAUAUGAAGCAAACCAUACCUGGCUAACAUCAAUACGCAGAUAUCUAAGAAGAUCUUUGCUCGAUGGACUAGCAGAGGCAUCGACAAAAUCAAAGCCAUUAUCUUUUCUCUCUCAUCCGGUCCCUGAAUGUACUUGCCUAAGAUAUGAUCCAUCUGAAACAUCUCAUAACACUUCUAGCGCCACAGCUGACUCACAACUUCGUGUUGCUCUUGGAGUUGUAAAUCAUUGCCCUGCUUGGAUGGACGGUGAAACAAUCUCAAGGCCGAAAGACAAGGAAAACGAAGAGGAUCUAGAUGAGGACGAUUCCUUGACCUCUGGUUUAUUUUUCCGGCAUAGUGGUGAAAAUCAUGAAAGUGGAGGAGAAAUGACCAAAGAAGAAGCUCCAAUGGAUGACCCAGAAGAAGAGGGUGGCGAUUAAAUAUGAAAGUUCGCCUCUUCAGAUACCAUUGGUGCACUUUUACCAUGUAAGCAAUCAUGUAUACUAGUUGCGAGUCUCAUUUCCUCACUUAGAGAGCUGCUGAAGAAAAUUCUCGGCUUCCAUUUUGAGAAGGAAACCAGCCCUGGUAUGAAGGACUUCCACAACUGUAUUGCAUCAUGUAGUUGAAUUCAGGUCCGCUUUCAGAAGACAAUAUGCCCCGUAGUUAAUGCCAUAGACAGUUUUGAUGUAGCUUAGGAUAAUUCUCAAUGGAAGACCAACUUUUAUUUA